AUGCUAGGCUUCGAGAAACUCUUUUUCAAGCGUGGAGAACUGAACUUGAAUAACGUUUUGCAUUGUGGGCAAGCUUUCAGAUGGAUUUUUCACGAAAAACUGGGCGAGUACUCUUCGACGCUGAGAAUUGGUGGUCAUUACAGAAUUGUUGUGCUUCGACAGAAAUCUGAGGACUUUAUCGAGUAUGCGACAGUGGGAAAAGUCGAGGAGCCUGCUGUGCGGGAGUUUUUGCGGCGGUACUUCCGGCUGGAAGUGGAUUUGACCAAGUUAUACACGGAACAAUGGCUAUCGCAGGAUCAUCGAUUUGAGCGUAAAAAGCCCAAUGGAGUGCGAAUCAUGAGCCAGGAUCCUUGGGAGACAUUGGUGUCCUACAUAUGCUCGAGCAACAACAACAUUUCGCGCAUUACGAAAAUGUGUCAUGCACUAUGUACACAUUUUGGAAACCCAGUGGGUCAUUACGACGGUGUCGACCACUAUUCGUUUCCAACCAGUCGAGAAAUUACUCAAAGAGCAUCAGAAGACGUGUUGCGAAAGCUCGGGUUUGGCUAUCGUGCAAAGUUCAUAGUGGCAACGGCUCAGAAAAUGGAAAUCGACCGUCUCAGUAUGUCUGACAGCGAGUAUCUGGAAUCUUGGAAAGAUCAUCUGCAGUACGAACAGGUCCGCGAAAAAAUCAUGAGUUUCAACGGUGUGGGUCCCAAAGUAGCAGACUGUGUGUGUUUGUCUGGCCUGAGAAUGGAUGAUGUGGUCCCUGUGGACGUGCACAUUGCGAGAAUUGCUCAACGGGACUACAAGUUCAGCGCUAGAAAGCAAGACAUAGAAGAGCUACAAAAGGAAUACAAAAAUCUACCUAUAACACGGAAAAAGGUAAACUAUGAGCUCGAUUUAACUCGUGCCAUGUUCAAGCAAAAAUGGGGCGAAUUUGCCGGUUGGGCUCAAGGAGUUCUGUUCGCGGCAGAAAUUGGCAAAAGUACAGGCGCUUCAAGUGACGGCACCACACUCACUCGAAAGACAAAGCUGGAUUAUGUGGUGAAGAUUAAGGAGGAAACGACGUCGCUCAAAAGACGUUUUUCCCAAACGGAAGAUAUGGAGGUAACGCAAGAAGAUAAAACACUCAAGACAGAGAUAGAAUAUUCGGUCACAGGCAGGCCGAAAAGGAGGACCACUAAAAAUGUAGAAUACGUGUCUUAG